CACCGUCCCCACGAUUGAUUCCAGAUGGGAUAAUGAUAAUAACAGUCUUGAUCUAAGUCCAACUAGGUACUAGGUAUCACCAAAAAAGACGACAAGGCAGGCCAUUCAGAAUAUUUGAUGUUACUCUGACAAACUCGGACGUUGAGAUUGGAUGGCGAUCGAUUCAGAUCAAGCAUUGUAGGUGUGGUCGAUACUAGUAGAUGAUCUUCAUUGAAAGCUUGAGGAAUCUGAAGCCUGACUGUCAAUGAGAAAAAUAGGCGGAACGAAUGUACCGCUGUUCCGGACAUACUACCAUGCGACUAUAAGUACCUUCUCUCAUGCUAGACCCGUCAUAAGAUAAACAUCGACGUCCACCAUCAUCCACCUAACGAAACCCACCCACCAGCGCUUUAGAAGCCAUAAACCACAGAAAUCCAUGUCCUCACUCAAAGUAAGGGAAGGCGAAGCCGAUUUUAAUGUUCCUGGUGCAGGCAAGCCCUGCAAGACUUGGUACAAGGUGUAUGGUACUCUCCCCCACCCACAUAACCCACCUCUUGUAGUACUCCACGGUGGUCCCGGUUCAACCCAUGAAUACCUCGACAUCCUUUCCGAGCUCACGCGUCUCUUCGACGUACCCGUUAUAGUUUAUGAUCAACUCGGCAAUGGACGCUCCACGCACCUCCCAGAGAAGAACGGAGAUGUGGACUUCUGGACUGUGCAGCUCUUCAGCUGGGGAGGGAUGUUGGCAUCAGAGUUUGCAACGCGCCAGCCAAAAGGCCUCGGGAAACUGGUGAUUGCUGACUCGCCAGCGAGUAUGGCGCUGUGGGUUAAGGCCGCCAACGAGUUGAGGAAGGAGCUGCCGAAGGAAGUACAGGAUGCGUUGAAUAAGCAUGAGGCAGCAAAUACAACAACGGAUCCAGAGUACAUUGCCGCAACGAACGAAUUUUACAAGCGUCAUUUGUGUAGGCUCGACCCAAUGCCCCAGUCCCUGGUGGACGGGCUUACAUGGAUGGAAAAGGAUCCAACCGUGUACUCAACCAUGAACGGGCCGAAUGAAUUUUACAUCACUGGCUCUUUAAGGACAUGGAGCGUGAUUGACCGGCUGCACAAUAUUCAGGCAACGACAUUGCUCAUCAACGGAAGGUACGAUGAAGCACAGGACAUGGUCGUAGAGCCCUUCUUUCAGCAUAUCCCGAAGGUCCGAUGGGUACAAUUUGCGGACUCAGCGCAUGUCCCGCAGCUGGAAGAGACAGAAAGGUUUAUGCAGGUGGUGUGGGCCUUCUUGCGCAGUUAAAGCGACUGGAAGUAUAGAAGCAGCGUAAAAGAAAUGGUGACGAGGUGUGCAGUAUAUGGUACAAAUCGAUCGUGAUUCAUGACUCGGAGUACGAGGUGUAAUAUCAAUGGAUUGAUGGCAUUGCAAGGCCUCCCGACUGCAAAUUUUUAUAUGACACGCCUGUCUAGAAGCUGGUGGAGAGUCCAGAC